AUGCUAGCCCCCUUUGGCGUCUUGGCCUCGGGCUGGGCUGGAUCGCGGACUGGACUUGCAACGCUGGCGGGACGAGAGGAAGGAGUCGGACACUUGCUGGGGAUGAAGUGUCCUCCAAGUUUUCCAGUGUCCCCCAGUGUCCCACACUGCUCCUGGUGGCAUCUCCCCUGUCUGGAUCCCCUGUUUUGGACCCUGGCACUGCUGGCAAUGACCAUGGCCAACACAGCCUUCAUGGUUGUGCCCCUGGACAUGGCCCGGAACUCCUUUGAUGACCAGUACCCAGGCUGUCGACACACCAUGACCGAGUUGUUGCCAGCCCUCAACCACUUUGAGUUCCAGCAGAACCCUCUGUUUGCCCAGACGUGGGUGAAGGCUGCAGACCAGUGGUGGAGGCGGGGGCCCCCUGUGACCCCUCUGUCCCCAGCCCAGGCCAUUGCCCUCAUGACCUACACAAUGAAGGACAUGUACAAGGAGUUCAAUGCUGCCGUGCAUGUGGCUGGGCGCUCCCGGCAGGAAUACUGGGACAACUUCCACUUCAGAACACUGCAUUUCCUGCUGACCGAUGCUCUGGCAACACUGAGGGACAUUCGGGGACCACGAUGUCACCAUGUGUUUCGGGGGGUGCGUGGUGUCCGGUUCAAAGCACGGUGUGGUGACACCAUCCGGUUUGGUCGAUUCACGUCAACAUCGCUGCAUAAACAGAUUGCUCAGCAAUUUGGGACAGACACAAUGUUCCAGGUGCAGACGUGUUUUGGCAAGGAUAUCCGAGAAUUCUCCUCCAAUCCUAGUGAGGAGGAGGAGGUGUUGAUCCCACCCUUCGACUUUGAGGUCACCAGUGUCACCCAGGAAGGAGACAGGGCAUUGAUCCAGCUCCGCUCCAGCGGGACCUUCAGCAGAUACAGCUGCGAGUGGCUGCGACGUGACAUCAUGGGGAAGACCUGGAAGACAGGGAUACCCACUGCGGACCAGCUCUGUAGGGACCGGCUAGGUGUGCUGGACAUGGGUGGGCCUGGAUCAGGACCAGCCUGA